AUGUUGAAGCUUUCGUGUAAUGUGGCUGAUAAGUUACAGAGCUUCGCCUUCUUCUCGCGUUCUUAUUCAUCGGAUCCGGUACAAAAUCGGAGAACCGUCUCUUCGGUCUCUUGUUCUCAGCUGAGAAAACCGGAUCCUAUGCGAGCGACUGUAUCUGCUGAUCAAGGGAGUGUGAUUCAAGCAGAGACAGGUUUGGGUACUCUCGCGGAUCGGCUCCGAUUAGGUAGCUUGACGGAGGAUGGAUUGUCGUAUAAGGAGAAGUUCAUCGUCAGAUCUUACGAAGUGGGAAGUAACAAAACCGCUACAGUCGAAACGAUUGCUAAUCUCUUGCAGGAGGUGGGAUGUAAUCAUGCUCAAAGCGUUGGAUUUUCGACAGAUGGGUUUGCAACAACACCUACAAUGAGAAAGUUGCAUCUCAUUUGGGUUACUGCAAGAAUGCACAUUGAGAUCUACAAGUACCCAGCUUGGGGUGAUGUGGUUGAGAUAGAGACAUGGUGUCAGAGUGAAGGAAGGAUUGGGACAAGGCGUGAUUGGAUUCUUAAGGACAUUGCUACUGGUGAAGUCACUGGUCGUGCUACAAGCAAGUGGGUGAUGAUGAACCAAGACACAAGACGGCUUCAGAAAGUUUCUGAUGAUGUUAGGGACGAGUACUUGGUCUUCUGUCCUCAAGAACCAAGAUUAGCAUUUCCUGAAGAGAACAACAGAAGCUUGAAGAAAAUACCGAAACUCGAAGAUCCAGCUCAGUAUUCAAUGAUUGGACUCAAGCCUAGAAGAGCUGAUCUUGACAUGAACCAGCAUGUUAAUAAUGUCACCUAUAUUGGAUGGGUUCUUGAGAGUAUACCUCAAGAAAUUGUAGACACGCAUGAGCUUCAGGUCAUAACUCUGGAUUACAGAAGAGAAUGUCAACAAGACGAUGUGGUGGAUUCACUCACCACCUCAGAGAUUGGUGGGACCAAUGGCUCUGCGACAUCGGGACACAACGAUAGCCAGUUCCUACAUCUCUUAAGGUUGUCUGGAAAUGGUCAGGAGAUCAACCGUGGUACAACCCUGUGGAGAAAGAAGUCUUCCAGAUAA